GAAGCAAAUGAAGCAGAACAGAGUGAUCCGGCUUCACUCCCCAUCAUCUAUCUCAACAUUGCGUUCAAGGUGAUCGGAUUCUGUUUUGAGAAAGAAAAACGACGCGCAGGAUGCGUUCUGUUGGUUAUAUUGUAAAUGCCUGUGGCGGCUGUUGAGGAGGAGAGGUCGCCGACGGCGGCGGGGACGCGGGCUCGGCUCGGCCCGUCAUGUCUGAGGAGAGCGCGCUGCUGAUCGGGCCCGCGCUGCCGCCCGGCUACAAGUCGCGGGGGCCGCAGGCCGAGACCGAGCGCCGGCGCCGCCCCAGGCCGACACUUGAUAAAACAGUUGCAGGACCAGCAUUACCUCCGGGAUUUCGGUCAACCAAAAGUUCAGAAAGUUCAGAUAAUGAUGAAGUUAUCGACUGCACCAGUGAGAGGAAGCAAAGCUCAGCCCAAGACUUAAGGAAACCUAACAGAAUAGCUAUGGAGGAGAGUAACGGCAACUCAAGAGACAGAUGCAAGCAACCUGCUGCUCCCCAGAUUGAAGCUCCCCAGGUUGAAGAUGAUAGCGAUGAUGGAUUUUUUGGUCCUGCUCUUCCCCCUGGAUUUCCAAAGAGAGAGCAGUCGCCUGAAUGUCCUUUCAUAGGACCUGCACUACCGCCUGGCUUCAGCAGGUCAGAUAAAGAAACAGAACUAGCUGUGCCCUUAAAGUUAAAUGUGCAGCCUUCAGAUGAAGACAGUGAUGGGGAGAUGCUGAUUGGCCCAAUCCCCUCAAAAGACGCAGUUGAAAGCAGUGUGGUGGCAGAUAUUGAGCGAAGGUCGAACAGAAUGAAGGAAAAGUUGGUCUCUGGGGACAUGGAUAAUCAGAAUCAGGCCAGAGAGUCUUGGAUGACUGAGCUUCCACCAGUGUUACAAAUUAUAGGCCUGACUGCAAGAACAUUUAAGAAGCGUGCAAAUGGAGAAUCGGCUGACCGCUCCAUCUGGACAGACACUCCAGCUGACAGGGAAAGGAAAGCUCAGGAAGUGUCAGAAGUUAAAAAAUCCUCUGCAAAAGAUAUUGAACAGCCAAGUCUCCCUGAAAGAGACAAACGAAUGGCCAAAGAGGUGGCAUCAUAUAAUGACUCCACACGAUCAGAGUCCCUGCUUGACAUGCACAGCAAGAAACUUAAAAGAAAAGCAGAAGCUGAGAAGAGCAAGCCCCAAGAGCGACGGGCAUUUGAUCGUGAUCAGGAUCUUCAGGUUCACCGGUUCGAUGAGGCCCAAAAGAAAGCUUUAAUCAAGAAGUCCAGGGAACUGAACUCCAGGUUUUCACAUGGAAAAAGCAACAUGUUUCUGUAAAAAAAACAAUACAACUGGCAAAUCGCAGAUUUGAUCAAUAUUCAGUCUAUAGUUUAAUUCAGCUGUAAUAUUCCUACUUUGGAAAUAUUGGUUCAAACCAGCAUGUAUGAGUAGCAAAUAAUAAAAUAUUUUUUGUUUAAUAAUUUUGAUCAAAAUAAAAACAAAUCCAUUUUAUUU